UGUCCUCGUGAUACCUUGUUGACGCAUCUGGUACGGUUGAUGGGAUCCUACCUUGGAAUGAGGUUCGCAACAAUCCCACAAUCCACGGUACAGUACCAAAUCAAGAGAUAUAAUGAGUCGAAAACCAGAAGUACUAAAAGAGAAGAACAAUGUUCAAAGACAAGUCUCGUCUCCUGCCAUUUACACCCCCUCUUCAAAUAAUUCUUGACUUGUCAGCUGCUCGCAGAUCGAACCCAGUACACUCUGCAAUAUGCCUGAUACCAGUCACUUCAGUGCCACCAUGUUUGACUUGACAGCAGUUGAGCCCAUGGACCCACCCCCACCGCCGUACAGCGCAACGGACUCUCAACCUAUUGAAGCCCCAGAGCUAACGAGAAAACUAGAAGAAGUCUGUGGCCAGCAGAAACACGAGCUGAGGAGAUGGGAGCGAGCCCAGCGCCAGCAGGAUCUCGCGCUGAUGUCAAGUCUGGAGAGGGUCCCUCGUCACCAGGAACAAGAGGUGGCGACGAGAUCAGAGGGAGUUGAUACUCAGCAGGAGCAAGAGGGAGGCAAGGGCUCUUCUCUGAAGAGGGCAUGGAGGUGGUGCACACGAGCGAGACGGGGCCGUGGUUGGAUGUAUUCCAACUCUAAGCCCGAUGGCCGACCAAAAUCUAAAAAGAUGCCAUCGGCGAAGUAGAAGCAGGUGGCGAAGUAGAAGUAGGCGGCGACGCAGAAGACGGUGGCAGCACCGAGAAAACCCCGACGAUCUUCGUCGCCGGAUAUGUCGAUGUUCCUCCUCUGG